AUGAAGGAAAGGAGACUUACCCAGCCUAUGGUGGCGAGAUGUAAACUGGUGUUGGUUGGGGAUGUUCAAUGCGGGAAAACCGCAAUGUUGCAAGUCCUGGCCAAGGAUUCCUAUCCUGAGACAUAUGUUCCAACAGUAUUUGAGAACUACACAGCAUGUCUGGAGCUGGAGGACCAGCGCGUAGAGCUCAGUCUCUGGGACACGUCAGGCUCUCCGUACUAUGAUAACGUCCGACCCCUGUGCUACAGCGACUCAGACGCUGUGCUCCUCUGUUACGACAUCAGCCGACCAGACUCAAUUGAUGGUGCACUGAAAAAGUGGAAGACAGAGAUCCUGGAUUUCUGCCCCAGCACACGCAUCCUCCUGAUAGGCUGUAAAACAGACCUGCGCACAGACGUGUGUACGCUCAUGGAGCUGUCCAAUCAGAAGCAGACACCCAUCUCACAUGAGCAGGGUUCCUCCAUGGCCAAGCAGCUAGGUGCGGAGGCCUACUUGGAGUGUUCGGCCUUCACCUCAGAGAAGAGCAUCCACAGUGUGUUCCGUACUUCAGCCCUGGCCUGCAUCAGCAAGCUACAGCCCUCCACCAAGACCAGCCCUGCCCGACGCCUCUCCAAGAGACUCCUUUUCCUGCCCAGCAAGUCUGACCUCCUCUCCUCCACCUUCGGCAAGGACAAGGCCAAGGGCUGCUCCAUCAUGUGA